CCACAAGUAGUCGUAAUCAGUGAGCUGCAAUUCUGUGAUAAGCAAUAUCCAUUGCAAUUGUAAGCCUCAAUCAAAUAAUUAGACAAAACAAAGAAUUUUACACUGUUGUUGGAACACCAGUAAUUACGUUAGUGCUAAAAUUUGUCUAUCAUGGUAGUUAUCUAUAGGUCAAUUAAAACAAUCUGAAGAAAAACAAAAUUGUUCAGUAUUUUUGCAGUUUUCGUAAUUGUGUUUAUUGUGAUUAAAAAUGCAUUCAGCAGUAAUUGGUCAUCACAUCACGGUUGAUUCCCUCAAUGAAGCGACCGGAGGCAAUGCAGUCGAAGAUGAUCCAGACAGUCCCGUGGAAGCAUUCGAGCAAAGUAUGUUAACUAUAAAAACACAAACCAGAGGCCCAAUUCAAGGUAUUUGGCAGCGCCCAACUAGUCGACCAUUGCCAACCGAGAAUGGCCCCGUGCUAUGUUUCGAGAUCCCUUACGCCCGUGUACUUCCACCAGCAGACGAGAGCAAUACUGUAAGUGGCAAAAAAUACGUCGUUUACGAAGUUAACGUCCGUAUGGACUCUAGAGAACCGGAUCCUAACCCAACUAGCAUCGAACGUCGAUAUACACAUUUUUUGAAGCUAUACGAAAGUCUAAAAAAGGAUCACCCAACACUGGUUCAAUGCGUCGUUUUCCCAAAAAAGGUCCUGAUGGGAAACUUUACCGCUGAACUGGUUGGCGAAAGAAGUGCUGCUUUCGAAAUCUUCCUAGAUUACAUUAUUUCGGUGCCUUCACUGCGUGACUCAGAGCAUUUUUUAGAAUUUUUACAAGGGGACGAACUGAGAAAAGCCUGCCAACUGCUGGAUGAAAGACGAAAUGAAUUCGCUGUCCCGAUUCUGGAGAAUACCUUCCGAAUACUGAAUAAAAUCUUUCUCGAUAAAAGCAAAUGCGUAUUGCUGGUCUUGUGUCGUCUGGUUGCUGCCUGUACCACUUCUCCAAUACCGCACCCCUUAGCCGAGCAAUGGGCUGAGCUGGCACUUCGACGCUACGAGCAUGUGUGCGAUACGGAUCUGCUUGUUCUAUAUAUACCAUUGUUACAAACCUGCUUACAUUUGUGGUGGCAACGUGGACGCGAUAGAACACUACUUGAGGAGCGCUUGGAUCAGAUGGGUAAAAAAGGAAUCAAGGUAAAGGGAGGACCGACACUAGCUAAAGCUAUCCAUGCCCUUGAACCGAGAGCCGAAACAAUAUAAGCAGCAGAGGUGCAAAUGAGAUCUUUGGCAACAGCAAUACCUUUCAUAUACUAGGAACAUGAAAAUGUUACGUGUCUAUUAUACAUUUUACAUCACACAUAUGUGCAUUAUCUGUAGUAGAUUUAAUUUGUCUUGUCUUAUUUCCCAACGAGUUGUUAGAUGUUUAUGUUCAACGGUAGUUAUUUAAGUGCAAGCAAAACAUUGGCAGGUUGUGAUUUACGUAGUAUAGUCAUUUGGAAAGUACAAUAUUUACUCCAAUAUAAGUUUUAUGUUUAAAUAUUUUCUAAAUUCGUCCAGCUGAUUUUUUCAAAAUAACCAGGUUGAAACAUUAAUUAACGCUCUUCUACUCAUAUUGCCAAUACAUCAUGUCAAUGAAAUCCACUUCUAUUCUACUCUUAACUAUAAUAACUCUGCACUACUCAUUAAAGGAACGCAUUGUGACAACCAUUUUUUCAAUACUGCUUGCUCAGUGGUUAUCAUAUCAAUUUUAUAUGCUAUAUGGUCGAAUAAACUUCGAAAUUUUAAAUAUACAAUAAUUUGUAUGUGUAUUGCUUGGUAGGAAACUAUCACAGCCAGUAACAGUUAAAAGAAAAGGCUAUACGUGGACUGAUUUCAUAGACAAAUU